AAUAUGUAAUAACCGCAUUUGUAGGGAACCUCGUGGUUUGAAGCAGUGUUGUUGAUAUCUCCAAAAUGUUGGUUUUAUUUGAAACUGCAGCUGGAUAUGCAGUUUUUAAGCUUCAAGAUGAGAAAAAGCUGAGAGAAACAGAAAACUUGUUCAAAGAAUUUGAGACUCCAGAAAAAGCCACAAAGCUAUUAAAGCUGAAACAUUUCAAGAAAUUUAAUGACACGACAGAAGCAUUGGCAGCUGCCACUGCCCUUGUGGAAGGGAAAAUGAGCAAGGCUUUGAAAAAACUUAUGAAGAAAUUAGUGGACAAAGAAUGUCAGGAAGAGCUGGCUGUAGCUGAUGCUAAAUUAGGGAGUGCUAUAAAGGAAAAAUUUAACAUAAGCUGCGUGUACAACUCUAAUGUCCACGAACUAAUGCGAGGAAUCAGGUCACAGAUGAACAACUUAAUCACAGGCCUACCUGAGAAAGAGAUGUCCGCCAUGGCCUUGGGUUUAGCUCACAGUCUGUCACGGUACAAAUUGAAGUUUAGUCCAGAUAAAGUGGACACGAUGAUUGUACAAGCCAUUUCAUUACUAGAUGAUCUUGAUAAAGAGUUAAAUAACUAUGUAAUGAGAUGUCGGGAAUGGUAUGGAUGGCAUUUCCCAGAACUGGGAAAAAUUGUAACAGACAAUCUAGCAUAUGCUAAAAUUGUCAAGAAAAUGGGGUACAGAACAAAUGCUGCUACCACAGACUUCUCAGACACACUUCCUGAAGAACUGGAACAAGAACUCAAACAAGCCGCUGAAAUCUCCAUGGGAACAGAAAUCUCUGAAGAAGAUAUUAUUAAUGUCACAUAUUUAUGUGAACAGGUUAUAGAAAUAACAGAUUAUAGGGGCCAGUUAUAUGAUUAUAUCAAGAACAGAAUGUUAGCAGUUGCUCCUAACCUGACUAUACUGGUGGGAGAACUAGUCGGUGCCCGUUUGAUUGCUCAUGCAGGCUCAUUGCUGAAUUUGGCAAAGCAUCCUUCAUCCACAGUCCAGAUUUUAGGGGCAGAAAAAGCCUUGUUUAGGGCCCUGAAAACAAAACACGACACACCUAAAUAUGGUCUGAUUUAUCAUGCAUCAAUGGUUGGACAGAGCACACCAAAGAUUAAAGGGAAGGUAUCCAGAAUGUUGGCAGCUAAAUGUGCUCUAGCAAUCAGAGUAGAUGCUCUUGGUGAGGAAACUAACACAGAAAUGGGUUUGGAAGCCCGAGCUAAAUUAGAACAAAGGAUGAAAAGACUGGAGGAUAAGGCCAGAGGUAUAAGUGGUUCAGGGAAAGCACAGGCAAAAUGGGAGAAAUAUGAAAACAAAAGUGAGGUGAAGACAUACAAUGUUGGAGCAGAUUCCACAUUACCCAGAGUUCCAAAGAAAAGGAAGUUUGAAGAUGAAUCAGAUGAAGAUGUUAAACCAAAAGUCCCCAAAACAGAAUUAAUAGAUGGUGAUGUUUCAUCAGAGAAAAAGAAAAAGAAGAAGAAGAAAAAGCAAGAAAAUGGCGAUUUAGAUGAUACGAUGGAUACAACAGUUAAUACAUCACAGGAAUUAGAUGUCAGUAGUGAAAAGAAAAAGAAGAAGAAAAAGAAAAAGAUUAAAGAAGAACCAUCCUCAGACUAGUAGACCAGUGACUACAUUUUAUAAGUCAUAUGACUACAUUUUAUCAGUCAUUAUAUCAUGUGUUCAUUUAUGUAAAGAUGACAAUUUCUCUGAAACCAGUGAUCAUUAUUAUCAUUGAUACCCCAUGUUCAGACAUUAUACAUGCAUUAAAUAAGGAAAUUCUAUCCAAAGCUCAGUUUUAUGAUUUGAGAUCAGUUCUGGUGAUUGCACGAUUGGUAGUUUAGCUCCAAGUUUUAUUGAAUGAGUUCCUACUUUUUAAAAUAGUUUGACAGAUUUUUUGUAGAUUUUAAUCUCACAAGAUUGAGUAGAAAAACUCUAAUCAAAUAGGCCAAACAAAAAAUAGGGUUUUUUCCUUAAGGAAAAAUGGGGAGGUAAGAUUCCUUUUUUUGUUUAAUGUUUUUUUUACCUUGAAAAGAUGGGGAGACCUACAAUUGUGUCCCAGUUCAUUACCAUAAUGGUUAAUAAAAAAAAUGUGAGGAGGCAUUUUAAGGUAUGAAAGUAGUUAAGGAAACCCUAAGUGCGAUUUUUUUUUAUUUUGGCCUGAAGGACAAAGGCACUUUUUUCAAUAUUACUGUGAAUAUGAUUGGUAAAGGGCAUUAUGUUUAUAUUCUUAUCUUUUAAUGUAGUCAGCACUUCUGUGUUGACUUUUAAUUAUCAUUGAUAUGGUAAUACUGAUAAAUAAACUAUUUACAAAAUUUUGAAUUAUUCGAAAUUCUAAUGAUUUUCUUCCCCAGGAAUCGAUUACCAUAGCAUAGAAUUUUAAUAACACAGUUUACUAAAAUCUACAGACCAAUGUGUGUAAUAUUUUAUUGUAGUUAUUUCUAAAACAUGGUAUUACCAUUUGUAUGUUAUUACAACUUAUUCAUUUGAAUGUGUACAAAAUUUGAAUAUAAGUUUGAUUGUUUGUUAAGGUGAACCAUGAAAUCAGUCACAUUAAAAACUUCCUGUUGAGAGAGUAUCAGUUAUCAAUGUUCACCAUCCAAAUCAUGGUUCAAAUGUAUAACCAAAGAACCUUUUUGAUCCUUUUGUCUUUAUAUAUACAGAAGCUAAUAGAGAAAUCAUGGUUCACCUAAUAAACAAGGAAACUUAAAUAAGAUGCCAUGAGUUCAUAAUGAGGUAGUUCAGCUUUGAAAAAUGGAAAAAAGUUGUUAAGUAUGCAUUUAUUUGUUGAAAGUCGAGUCACUUGUUAAGUACUAUAGAAAAUUAAACUGUUUUAUAUAAAAGAA